GUGUGUGUGUGUGUGUGUGUGUGUGUGUGGCGUGUUAAGGUGGACGUGAGUAUUAGUUGACGUUAAUUCCCCUGCUUAGACUGCCACUCUUCUGCCGAUGCUCCCGGGCAGCACUAAUUAGUCUCGGUGUGACAGAACCUUUUGGAAUAUUCACAAAUGAACCUCCUCCAAACAGGAAGGUCCUACUACCAGGACAUAAAAGGUACAGUGUAGUUGAUGAGUUUAUUUGUUGUUUUGUCUCUAACUGCUUUUAAAUGUUCAUUGUUCCAGCUUUCAGGCAGACAAAUCCACUGAGUCCCUUCUUUUCCCCUCCCUCGAUGUUGCUAUGGUGACUGGCUCAUAGAUCAGGACGAUGUCAAGUUGGGUGUGUCAAGGGCGAUGACGGGAAGGGCAGCGCCAUCACCUUCAAAGUAAAAGACAAGGGGCUCCACUAGGCACAAGUAGACGUGACACAAUGUACCCUUUGUCCCCACGACUAUCGUCUUCAUUUGACACAUGACGUCACAUCUGAGCCUCAGAGAGGAGGAAGCCUCUUGAGUUUCUCUGCGACAAAACAUCUCAGGAGAUUUUUUUUUUUUUUCUUCUUCAUCACCUCCAAAACUUUCUUCCGUUUUUUUCUUUCUUUCUUUCUGCUGAUGCGUCGCGGCCAAGGAUGGAAAAGUACGAGAAGAUGGGCAAGAUCGGCGAGGGUUCGUACGGCGUGGUCUUCAAAUGUCGCAACAGAGACUCGGGACAGAUCGUCGCCAUCAAGAAGUUUGCAGAGUCUGAGGACGACCCCACCAUCAGGAAGAUCGCGCUCAGGGAGAUCAGGAUGCUCAAGCAACUGAAACACGGCAACCUGGUGAAUCUUAUCGAAGUGUUUCGCCGCAAGAGGAAACUUCACCUGGUGUUCGAGUACUGCGACCACACGGUGCUCCACGAGCUGGACCGACACCCCCGAGGUGUUCCUGAGCAUUUGGUGAAGAGCAUCACGUGGCAGACGCUUCAGGCUGUCAACUUUUGCCACAAACACAACUGUAUCCACAGAGACGUGAAGCCCGAGAACAUUCUCAUCACCAAACAGCACGUCAUCAAACUCUGUGACUUCGGCUUCGCCAGGAUUCUCACGGGGCCGUGUGACUACUACACGGACUACGUGGCGACGCGCUGGUAUCGCGCCCCGGAGCUGCUGGUGGGAGACACGCAGUACGGCCCCCCCGUGGACUUGUGGGCCGUCGGCUGCGUCUUCGCCGAGCUCCUCUCUGGCGCCCCCCUGUGGCCCGGCAAGUCCGACAUGGACCAGCUCUACCUGAUCCGCAAGACCCUCGGAGAUCUGAUCUCGCGCCACCAGCAAGUUUUCAGCACCAAUCAAUUCUUCCACGGCCUCUCCAUUCCUGAACCUCAAGAGAUGGAACCUUUGGAGCUGAAAUAUCCAAACCUCUCCCACCAAACGCUCAGUCUCAUGAAGGCUUGUCUUCAUAUGAACCCGAGCGAGCGUCUUCCGUGCGAGCAGCUGCUGCACCAUCCUUACUUUGACAGCCUGAGACACAAGAACCACCAGCCCAACGCUAAACAGGCCAUCACGGUGCACGAUCGCCACGGCAACAGGAGGACCCGCGUGCCGCGCAAACAUCUACCCGCCGGGUGUUUGCCUCAGCUGACGGGCAGCAGCAUCCUCCCUGUUCUGGACACCAAGAAGUACUACCACAACCUCAGCAAGUUCAACUAUCACCUGCCCAACAUCUAAAAACUACAAACAUCUACAGGUGCAUCAGCGAGACUCAGGAAGUGAAGCAUGUGCUGGAGCUUAGUGACUGACACUUGUCUGUAUCUUUUCAUCAUCAUAUUAUUCUUAUUUUCAAGCAUUAGCUAGCUAGAUGACAGAGGACAAGGAGCAACGUGACGCUCCGCUCGUAAAUGACAUGGAAGGUUUUGCCAAAUCUUCUGUACCGCAAGUCAAGUAGGACACCCCAUUUUUUUUUACCUCAAUGAUAUUUAUUGACAUCAGCACGACAAUAUUUACAAUAAGUCGUGACGAUUCUCACGUCGGUGCUACGGACGUUGCAGCAGUCUCGUUGUAGAAACGCUAAAUUAAUCGUCAAAAUUUGAGUGCCCCGUUUAAAGGCUUCGAAUCAAACGUUUCAGUACCACAAGGAACCAGUGGCGGAGGGGCAGUGUUGAGACCGGAAAUCGUUGACCUAACACAGUGGUGCCUUGAGAUACAAGUGUAAAACGUUUAGUGACCAUGCUCGCAACGCAAAACACUCACAUCUCAAAUUAUCUUUUCCCAUUGGAAUGAACGGAAAUGCCAUUCAUCUGUUCCAUCCUUCCUUCCCCCAAAAACAACACCGGGGUAGGGACCAGGCGAAAAUCUGCAAAUAAUUACUACUGGAGCAACAAUAUCAUUUCAAAAAAUACCAAUGUACAUAGUAAAAAAAAAGUUUUUUCUUUGUCUGUGUAGAUUGUCAGUCAUCCAGGUCACAGUAAUCCGCAAAGAUAGAAACGUGGCAACUGGACACUGUUGAAUGUUUUUAUUUGUCUUCCCCUGAAAUCAUUUCAAAAUGACUUUGGCAAUUAUGCUAUUAGGCUAACGAAAGAGUGGCUUUACCAUCCCAGCUGACUUUGGGUGAGAGGCGGGGCACACCCUGGACUGAUCUCUGGCCAAUCACAGAGCACAGUUCGAAAACCAACCAUUCGCACGGUCACACCAAAGGACAAUUUAGAGUCUUCAAUGAUGCUAUAUAAUGCAUGCUUUUGGAUGAUUGUUUAUUCAACCUGACAAACAGAUACACGAAGCAGCUAAAUAUCAAUCCAUCGCCAGAAUGACAAACAAGCUGUGGACCUAAAAUAGCGCCCUGGAAGCACACAGGCAUGGUUUGCGGGUGAGCAUAAAGAGGAGCCUUGGUGGUGUAAAGUUAACAGGACCAAU